CUAUUUCGGUGGUUUAAGAGCUUCGUUGACAUUGCCCAACAAACGCGACAAGGCUUCUACAGUGACUUCACAAGAAAUACCGCUCUCAGAACAUCUAGAGUCAUACAAAUUAGGAGCUUUUUUCUAUCGAAGGAAGAAAUCCCUUCCCCACGGAAAAGAUGUCCGAAAUUCCCGGACACAGAGCUUAUGGUGCAGAAUCGAAAAAGUCCGCGUCAAACCCUAGAAUCAAUGGACCCAAACCACCAUCCCCUCCAUCCGAUGCCUCUGAACGGUACACUGUGCUUCAACGAAAAGUGGACGAUUUGGAAAAGGUUCAUAAUGAUGGAAAGAAAGCACAUCAGGCUGAGGUCGAACGAUUGAAGUUGGAGCUCGCACGUCUCCAGAAAGCUAACGCUGAAUUGACGGAUCGUCUGGACAAGCAGAAGAAGCAAAAAGAAGCUCUCGAUCUCCGUGUAGAUGAGCUCAGGAUGAAUUCGAACGCAGACAAAGCUGAGAUCAAGGACCUCGGAGUCAAGCUUCGUAUGUCGGAACACCAGCGAACGCAGAUGACUGCCAAGCACGGCAAUGUGGCGGAUGUAAAGAAAUCGUUGCAGUCAUUGGAGACGAGGCGGAAGGAAGAAAUGAAGGAGAGGGAUAGAACGAUAGCGGACCUGGAAAAGAGUUUGUUAACGGACAAGAAGAAGCGGGAGAUGGUUGAGAGCCAGUUGAAGGAGACGAAAGCAAAGCAUGACUUUGAAAUUGACAAGAUGAAGGACACGGUAGAGAAAUUGAAGAGGGAGAUUGUUGCAGCUCGCGAUGAAGUUCAAGAAAUUCAACACCGUCUCGAAGCGACAAUUUCCAAAACUAGCUCCAACGAAGAGUCGUUGUUGGCCCAGCUGGAAGAUCAUAAGCUUAUGCUGAAUGAAGUGGCAGAGCAUUAUGGGUUAUUGGCUUCAAAUACAGUUUCAAGGCUAGCUUUCGAACGACUCACUUUCGAGAACUAUGCACUUCGGAUUCAAGCCGCUCGCUCUUCACGCAAGCUUGGGAACACAGAGGGCCAGGUAUCCGAGUUGGCGAAUCUUAUUCGGCAGUCACAGGAGGAAAAUCAGAUAUUACGGAGAAAUUCAAAAGAUAUGAUGCAGGAAUUGUCUUCUUUUAUCGAAAACGCCACAUCCAAGCCUCCGUCACCUCCUUCUUACGAUGAUUUAGACGAGAUUAUUACGCAUUUGGACCGUGAUCACGAAGCCUUCCAGGAGGAGGAAACACGGAUUAACAUUGAAACUCUACAGCUAGAGGCGGAGUUGCACCACUUACAGCACGACGCCCUGUUCUUCGCUUAUGCAGAAGCCGAGACAGAGUUCCAUGAAGCUCUGGCUAUUGCUUCAAAACUCCCAGAGGUGGAACAGCAACGAGACAUUGCACAGGAGCUGUUGCAAGCCACUAACAUCACCGCACAAAGCCUCAGAUUGUCGUCUGAUAAGUUCAAACUGCAAGUGGCGGAACUUGAAGAAAAGUUGAAGACAGAGACGCGCAAGUCCGAUGAAGCAUUGCAGAAGGAACAGGCCAAUGCUCAUCGGUUGACGACGACUGUUCAGAAAUUGCGGAUGGCAGAAGAUGGACUGAGAGCAGAGAACGAGCAGCUUACCUAUGAGCUAUCUGAAGCAGAACGCUUCCAGGAAGCGUAUUAUUCUCUUUCGGAAGAACUUGAAGGACUGUUAGACCGUAACGCUCUGGCAGAAGAUGAGGCUCAGCGCCUGAGCAGAGUCAAUGCUGAGAUCAUCGGUCAUCAUAAUCCACUUCAGAGGAUCAUGUACCUCGAGAAAAUCAGGAAUGAGCUUGCGGAAACAAAACAGAAACUGCUCGUUUCAAUGCGGACGAACGAAACGGUCGCUAUCCAAAACCAGGAUCUGCAGAAUGAGCUGGACAUGUAUAAAUCCGUCGCGGUGCCAUACGAACUCAAAUUAGGGACCAAGUUUACUAGAAUGGCAAGGCCUCCACUAGUGAACUUGAACAAGAGUACCCCUCACAAUCUCGAGGUUACGCGAACACCCGCUUCGAAAAUUCACAGUUCUAUCACCAGUGACAUGGAUGUGGACGAAUUGUCAUAGCCUGCCUGAAAAUAUCGCAUGUUGAAUAUUGUACGUUGAUAUCCGCGCUGAGCAGCACGGCCUGUUACUUAUGCUCUACUUAUUUUCCGUAACCC